AAAAAAUGUUUUUUCUAAAAUAUUUCCCAAUUUCAAUUUUUAUAUUUUUUGUGGUUUUGUCUUUUAAAGAUGAUGCUACAAUUGUUGUUGCACAUCCAACACAUCUCUCACAGCCUGGAUUACAGAUGUUAUUAAUUACUGGACAACAACAAGACAAACCACACCGUAUAGUUAAACGUUUUAGCUGCUCGGGUCAAGACUGUUAUAUUAAUUGUGUUAAUCAAGAAAAGAAUGAAAAAGAUAAAGAAAAAGCUAAAAAAGAAUGUGCCGGACAGUGUGACUGUAAUUUGUCAUCAAAGAAGGAUUAA